AGCAGCGGUUUUGUGUAGUUCACGAAGUCGCCGCUAGAGGAAGCACGUGGUCGGUCGUUGUUGAAGCAGGCAGGCGAAAGACCGAUAUUUUUCAUGGUUUUAGAAGCGUAGAAGAAAUAAGGAAGUAAGGUGUAAACAUGGCGAGGGUGUAUGUUGGAGGUUUGCACUAUAACUGCCGUGAAAGAGACCUGGAAAGGUUUUUCAAGAGAUAUGGCAGGCUUCGUGAUUGCCUUAUCAAAAAUGGAUAUGGCUUUGUGGAGUUUGAAGAUGAGAGAGAUGCAGAUGAUGCUGUCUAUGAAAUGAAUGGAAGAGAAUUGUUAGGAGAAAGAGUGACUGUAGAACAUGCCCGUGGACUUCCAAGAAGGGGUGGUUAUGGAUUUGGUGGUGGUGGUGGUGGUCGAGAUCGAGACCGAGAUCGUCGACCAGCUUGGCUUGACAGAGCGAGUUGGAGUAAGCCAAGUGACCUUCACCGCAGGUACGGCCCCCCAACGAGGACACCUUACAGGGUCAUUGUUGAAAAUCUGUCAUCACGCAUCAGCUGGCAG